AUGCACGAGAAGCCGUUUCGAAGGGUGCGCCACCAGGCCUACGUCAGCAGGGAGCGGGCCAUCACCCAGCUGGCGGAGCAGUUCCGUGCCCCCCCUGGCAUGACCACUGUCGUGGGCGUGGGCAACUGGUCGGCCCAGGACCGAGGGGGCAUCAUGCGGGGGACUCCGCCUGGGCCCUGGAUACGCUUCUUGCGGCGCCUGCGGCGGUACGUGCGGGGUUGCCGAGGUGAGGAGAAGCUGGUGGACGUGUGGGACACCAAGCGGUGCGUCAACCCGGCCUGCAAGGUCAACGUUAUCAACCGCGACGUCAAUGGGGCGCUCACCGACAAGUUCCUCAUGUUUGGGGUGCGGGACUCCUCCGGCAGGCUGUAG